GUCAACUUAUGAACACUUACUUAUGAAGGUAUGAAUGAACUUAUUGAACUUUCACUUCUCGUAAUUUAACUUCUUAUGUAUAUAUUUUUUGUUCGUGUUUGUUUUGAUUUGCUUCUUUUUUGAUGAUUUGUAACUAAUUAUGAGUAAAUGGUGGCCCUGGUUGUUUGGUGCAACAUUAUGUUUAUUAUUUCUCUUAAUACUAAUCACCUAUAGUGGAGACGAAGAAGAAAUUCUUUUGGCUCGGUACAAUGAUUAUCUGGAAAAGUUCAAUAAAAGUUACAAAAACCACCCGUCCGAGUACAAAACCAGGUUCGAACACUUUGUAGCUUCAGUACGUGAAAUAGACCGAUUAAAUGGCCAAUCAAGAGGAUCAGAUCUAUCUCGGGCACGGUAUGGACUGACGAAACUCUCAGACAUGUCCAAAUCAGAGUACAGAGACAUACAUCUAUCAGAUGAACAAGUGCAGAGAUCACCGAACGCAUACGGCAAGAGUUGGAGUGAAACAGAGGACAGGCAAAGAUAUCAUGUGGAUGAUUCACGUAAAGGUCAUAGGUUGCAUGAUAACCCUGUGUACGAGAGAAAAAAAAGGGCGUUGCUGCCUCUACAAGUAGAUUGGAGGUCUAAAGGCGUGGUAGGCCCCGUACGGGACCAGGGUCUCUGUGGUGCGUGCUGGGCUUUCAGUACAGUUGGUACAGUGGAGGCCAUGGCGGCUAUCAAAAGUGGCAAAUUGGAUACUCUUAGUGUUCAGGAAGUGAUCGACUGCGCUGGUCUUGGCAACAAUGGUUGUGCUGGUGGCGACAUUUGCUUACUACUCGAUUGGCUACUAUUGAGUAACACAACCGUUGUACUCGACAAGGAGUACCCUCUUCGGCUGUUCAAUGGAGCAUGUGCUUCAAACAAAAACGCCAGCGGAGUCCGGGUAGCAAAUUUCACUUGUGACCAGUUUGUGGGGGCAGAAGACAAGAUUUUGCAGGCGUUGGCCACUCAUGGGCCAGUGACCGUUGCUGUCAACGCGAUCACCUGGCAAAAUUACCUCGGAGGAGUAAUACAAUAUCAUUGCAGCGGAUCCAUGAAAGACCUCAACCAUGCGGUGGAACUUGUCGGGUACGACUUGGCGGCUGAGGUUCCACACUACAUAGCCAAGAAUUCCUGGGGUCAAGAUUUUGGGCUGGGUGGUUAUGUGCACCUAGCUAUAGGGGCCAACGUAUGCGGCCUAGCCAACGAAGUGGCAACUGUUGAUGUCAAAUAGAUUUCGCAUCGUUUAGUUAUUGUAGUAACGUGACCAUUUUUGCGAACUUAACGGCAGACUAAAAACAGAAAGCUAAUAUGUUGUGCUUGACUUUUUUACAUGUCUAGCGUUAAUCUCUCGUGUUCUUGUUUUUUUUAUCUACACUAACUAUUGUCUCACUUAAUAAAGUUUGUAUCCAUAAGAGAGAUAUUUUAUCUCCGUAGAAAUAGACCAUAAGGUACAAUACGAUAAAACUAUAGAAACCAAUGUAGUUUAUUAUAUAACCUUAUCUAGCCAUCUAUUUAUUAUCAACCUUAUUUAGUAUAUUAUUAUAUUAUCUAGUAUAAUGCGUCUAUAUAAUUUAGCUUUUAGGCAUAUAUAGUGUUGGAUUACAAUCCAGUUUUAUACAUAAAUAUACCAA